AUGCAGUCACGGGAAGCUUCUCAUGCUGGUUCCUGGUAUUCUGAUAACCAACGCACUCUAACCCAUCAACUCGAUGGAUGGCUCGCCCAAGUUCCAAAUAGCAUCGAGGGCAUAGGCUCCCUGCCAGUGCCUGGUGCACGAAUAAUAAUUGCUCCACAUGCGGGCUAUUCAUACUCUGGGCCCUGUGCCGCAUACGCAUACAAGGCUCUGGAUCUUUCGAAAGCCAAGCGAAUUUUCAUUCUUGGACCAUCUCACCAUCAUUACCUCUCGACCCUUGCUCUUCCUGAACUUACUUCGUACUAUACCCCGCUUUCCGACGAGCCUCUUCCACUUGACACGGAGCUUAUCACGAAGCUACUCUCAACUAAAGCAGUCAAAUCUAACGGAUCCACCAUCAGCUUUACAACUAUGUCACGAUCUAUUGAUGAGGAUGAACACAGCAUAGAACUCCAUUUACCAUACAUCCAUCGUCUUUUGCAACUCCAUUUUCCAAAUAAACCCACCUCCCAAUAUCCACCGCUUGUGCCGAUCAUGGUUGGAAGUACUUCAGCAUCUACUGAGAGUGCGUUUGGAGCCCUUCUGGCUCCGUAUCUGCAGGACCCUACCAACGCGUUUGUCAUAAGUUCGGAUUUCUGCCACUGGGGUCUGCGUUUCCGUUACACGUACUACGUUCCUCAAGCACCAAAGCCGGGGCCAAAGCUCCCGCUUUCCGCUAACUCUUUACCUCAGCCAGGAGAUGAUCUCAGUAGUGUAGAGGAGAAAAUGGAGUCGGUAUCUACCGGCCAAGCUUUGCAGCGGCGAGAUCGCAUCUCCAGUCGAGAACCAGCAAUCCAUGAGAGUAUCUCGGCCUUUGAUAUCGCGACUAUGGCAGCUAUAAGUACUGGGGCGACUGCUAAUUUCUUGGAAACAAUCCAAACGACUGGAAAUACGGUUUGUGGCCGUCAUCCAAUUGGCGUUAUCAUGGCUGCUAUUGAGGAAAUCACGAGCCAGGAGGAAGGAAAGAAGGGUAAAUUCCAUUUCGUGAGAUAUGAAAGAAGCUCGGAUGCAGUUGAUGUCGACGAUAGCUCCUUUAGCAUCUCUGUUGUACUGCUUUUGAAGAACGCAACUCUACUUUGUUACCCUGUGACUAGGCGACCAAGGUUGCUGGUAGCAAUUAAUUACGAUUUAGUUGACAUGUAA